UGCCACAUUUCGAAGUUGCAGCAACAAACAGGCAACACGGGAGUGAUGGUUGGCUCGUGCAGAGUUCAUAAUGCACGCAACCAGGCAGUAGACGGGGAACUGUGCUUGUUGCCAACAUUUCUGGCCUGCACAUUCAUUGCUUAACGCUUUGAUGCGUUGACGGUUCCUGCUUUCGGCCUCAAGCCGGCAGCAGGCUGACCAACAUGCGAAGCCAAGACUCUUCUAGGCCAUCAAUUUGACAUAUUGCACUUGGCUAUCUGGCUCCUUUCCCCUUUCCCCCAGCCGGCUGUUCAUUAAGCGAAUCAGCCUAGCGAAGCAUAAAGCCAAAUUAACAUAAACAACUUCUUUCCGACUUGGCUAUAUGGCUUAACGCUCGGCGGUCUCCGGUAGAGGCACUGUGCAUAUGGCUCGGUGCCUCAUCUUCGAGGCAUUGUCAGGAAUUGUGGCGGAAUUAAAGACCAUUUCCCCCGCCCUUUUUCCGCCAGAUCAGGAGCGGUUCGAGGGGCUUUGGAGCUUUGUGGCCCCAAAGAUUCCCUCUUCGGCUACGGCCCUGUUGGCCAUGGCGGCGGCAAAUUGCUUUUGGUACGCGUCUAAUUGGAAUACGAAUUUCAUUUGUGGUAGCCGGGAUGUUAUUGUUGUCAGUCACUUGUUUUUCCUCUCUACGGUUGGGGGGUUUUCUUGUGACAGGUCAUAGCACAGUUCAUACAGUGAGGGGCUUUCCUCUAUCAUUUCCUAUAUGGUAAUGGAGUUAAUACAAUCUUUUUGGAGCUCCCUCCCUCCUGCACAUGAUGUCUUAACUUAAAUUUAAAACCACUACGCCAGUCGCCUAUUAUGCAUUUCUGUUGCGUGAUUUAAACUAUUUUAUAAAUAUUCAUAAAUGCAAAGAGAGCAGCGGGUGCAACGCUGUUAAUGGGAUGCCGACUGGCGAGUUGCAACACCCCCACCCAGUGCAACUGGUAGUUAUGGCACCCAGUCCCUAUUAUGUUGCCAUAAUACCCGCGGCAACAGCGGCGUGGCACGUGCUGCAAGUACUCGCUUCCAGUUGCUGAAAAUGUCCCGCGAACUGAGGAAGGACUACCGCACGGCGGACUUCGAGCUGCUUAGCCAGCGGAUCCGGGAUCACCCGAUAAUGAAGUCCUCGGAGAAGGACCAGCAGCAGAUGCAGAUGUUGCGCACUCCGGAGUACCGGACCAAGUGCGUGAUGCGGGCCUCCCUGGAUGAUAUUGCCCUGGGGAUAAACCUCUACAAGCUCCAGCUGGACAGGCCGCACUCACCCUUCCUGGAGGAGACAGGGGAGCCUGGACCCUCCGCCCGUUCCGCCGCCUCCGCUCGGCCACCGCCUACGCCCUUUAUCAAAGUCCUCCUCCGGAAGACCCCCAUCGUGGUGCUCUUCGAGCGGCGCAGCAUGACCGCCCUGGCGGAUAGCGAGGAGGGUCGCCAGGUGCUCGAGGACAACCGGAAGUACGAGGAGCUCCUUUCCGGAGUGGACAAGACGCGUCGCACCGUGGACGCUGACACCCAAACCAUGACGACCCUCAUGAAGUCCCGCCUGGUGAACACCGAACGCCUAACCACCGCCCAAAUGGGGUCCUACGUGUCCAACUUUGAGAUGUACGACACCUACGCGGAUCUGCAAAAGUCGACGACGAGCGUCCAGGUGCAGGGGGCGCAGGAGAUUCAGGUGACCACCUACCACGUGGGCGGGGUGGAUCCGUUUGUCAAGAUCAACAGCCUGCCCGCGUUUCGACUGGCUCUGAUGCUGACGAUGCGCAUCCUGGCCAGCAAUGUCUUCGAGCCGCAGCAGCGACGCUACCGGAACAUGGAACUGCCCGAUCCCCUGGCCGAGGAUGUGAAGUUCAAGUACAGACUGGGUCUGCUCUGGCGAUUGAGUCCGCCGGCGCCGGACACCGAGAAACACCAGGCGGUGAGCGAUGUCAGCUUCUGUCCCAGCAAUGGCGACAUCAUGGCGGUGGCCUACGGAGUCUACAGCCACGCCAAGGUGGGCAAGCUGCCGCGGUCCGGGUGGGUGUACGUGUGGAACAUCAAGAACCCCGUGAACCCGGAGCGGCGAUAUCACUAUCAGGUGCCAGUGGUCACCGUCGAGUUCUCCCCCACUCAGCCGCAGCUGCUCGCCAUUGGACUGCACAAUGGAGGCGUUGAGGUGAGGGACAUCUCUGUCCCGGAUCGACCGCCGCUGUCAAUGUCGCAGCGAAAGACCUCGCCGCACUUUGAACCCGUGACCUCCAUCAAGUGGAUCUUCUUUGAGGGCGAUGUGGGAUGCACGGAUCCGAACAUCACGCCCUUUCUGGCCACCUCGCAGGCGGGUGCGGUGACCAAGUACCGCCUGAUCAACAGCCCCCACUUGCUCGGGUUCGAGCACCAGCGGCUGGAGCGGGCUGAGGGAGAGCUGGAGGGGAUCCCGAUUGAUCGUCCCCCGCCAGCCGCCUGCCUGUUGGCCAACCGCCAUCCGCAGUGUCUGGAACUGGUCCUGGACCCAGUCCAUCGGGACAUCUACUACGUGCUCACCGACGAGGGCACCCUGUACAGGUUUUCGACGAACUAUCCCCUCCAGCACCUGGAGCUGAGGCAGGUCCAUGACGGACCAGCCGCAUGCAUGGAGUUCUCGCCUUGGUCGCCCAGAAUGUACCUCACCUGCGGCAGUGACUGGUGCAUCCGCAUUUGGCUCGCAGGCAUCUUGGUACCGAUUGUGACCCUGCAGCACCACCUGUCGCCGGUCCACUGCGCCCGCUGGAGCCGCACCCACUCCACCAUCCUGGUCUCCCUCAGCCGCACCACUAUCGACAUCUGGGAUCUAAGGAACAGCACCAUGAAACCUGUUUCGUCCACCUCCAUCGAUGCGGACAUUUUUUACACCACUUUCAAAUUCACCCACUGUGGCCGCUCCCUGGCGGUGGGCAACGAGGCUGGAAAUCUGCUGAUGAUGUCCUUCGAGGACAUGCCCUUCCCCCCGCACUUUCAGUACAAGCAGCUCAAGAGAGCCAUCUUCAAGGCCCUUUCGAUGCAACCCGAUCUCCGCCAGCAGGUUAAGAGUGUGGGCUACUUCGGCUAUCCAGACGGCAAGAAAGUAACCAGAGCUUAGCCAGUUCUAUGACACUACUGCUAUUAUCGUAUUCCUUCCUUGAAACGAAUAAACUUGCGCCCUUUUUGUAUCGGAACUAACUCUUAUCAAUAACCUGCAUUUAAAUUACAAAACACGGCGCAAAGUGGCUUCCAGCACCUUGAGCAUAUCAUCGCCACCAAG